AUGAAAUUAGAUUCACCUUGUCAGUUGACAAGAAGGCUAACAUGGAAGAAUGCGGAACUGGGUGAGUCCAUGAUCCAGACGUUGGAAAAACAGAGUCUUGAGCUGGCGAGGGACAGCCAGAGGUAUAGGGAACAGCUUCACUUAGAGGCACUGGCACUCAGAGACGAGAUGGACAAAAAUGAGGAGCUUGAGAAAAUCGCUAUUGAACUGGAGGAAGAGAAGAUGAAGAUUGAAAAUACAGCAAGAGAACUCUUAGAUGAACAUGAGAGAACAAAAAUGGAGUUGGAGGAGACAAUGAAUGCUAUGCAACAAGUAGCGAGUGAGAAAGAACAACUAAGUCAAGCAUCUGAAAGUUAUCUAGAAGGUAUCAAGGCACUUGCUCAGGAGAGGGAGCAUAAAGAGUUGGAGCUGCAGAGACGAGAAUCUGAGAUGCAGCAACUUAGCAGUGUGAACAAAACCUUGGUCUCAGAAACAAAUGCCCUCAAGGACAACCUCAAAGACAUUGAGAACAAGACAAACCUACUAGAGAAUGAACUCUGUGUCAUAGAAGAUAGGUUAAAGGAGAAGGAGGUCCAAGCAGAAAUCCUCGAAGAGGAGAAGAGGUCUUUCAAUUUACAAGCCAGAGAACUGGAGUCAUCAUUACAUGACUUAACGGUACAGAAGGAAUUGACAGAUGCAGAGCUGAAGGAAGAGAUCAUCGCCAGGCGAGAUGCCGAGAGACGACUCAAAAAGGCGGAGGACUCCCUCUCAAGGUUAGAGUCAGCGCUGAAGGAGGAGAAGUCGAUGGAAAGACCGGAACCAAGAACAGAGAGACAGAGUCAGCUAGAUGUAGAGAUCUUCACCAACGUGGCGCAUCUCAAACGUUUCUUUGAGGAUAUCGCAGCAGAGGCCCAGAUAGACUCCAACAAACCUAUCAUCAUGAAGAAUGCAAUCCACGCUCGCAAGUCACUCGUCCGCAAGACAAAAAGCUUCAAAUUCAGGAAAGAGAGGGAUCGCAACCAUGCUAGACACAGUUUCGCCUCAUUCCGCGUUGCAGACUCCCAGAAACUGUCCUCCCUCUCCUCCAUGCGGCACUCGGUCGCCAUCGGUAACCAAAUCAACGACCACUUUGUCUUGGACCUGAACUACAGGGAUGGCGAUGACUCCUCCAGCGACCCGUCCCGUCGCUCCCUGGACUUUGAUGACCUCGCAAUGCUGUCGGCGACCAAGGGCGGACUCACCAGCCCCCCUCACACCCUGAAGACGAGAGGGACGAAGCAGAGUUACGAUAGCACGGGGAGUGGAGGAGGUGCGGACGAUGAGAGUAGUUCGGUGUCCAGCAGCACAACAGAUGGUCUGAACUCGCCCAUACCUGGAGAGGCUGAUGAUCUUCAUGUUGCUUUCGAGCAGAAAAUAUGAAUCUAAGAUUCCCUAGGUGGAUUAUUACCACAGUAAUUGCCUGGCUGAAGGUGGAGGGUGGUAUUAUCCACUGGACAGCAAGUUAUGAUAUGCACAGAUUUAAAUUGCUUUUAAGAAGGAAAUAAGACAAGUUGUUCCAUGGAUUUUAGCCUUUUAAAUGUAGUCCUAACCAUGAUCAAUAUACUGCACAAAGGGGCCGUUUCAUAAAGCUGGUCGUAAGUUAAAAGUGACUUUAAGACGACUGGUGAUCCUUUCUUGUGGUAAAUGAUAUUCACCAUUUAAUGUUCAUUGAUGAUUAUUUAGCGCGGAAGAAAUGUUCACCAGUUCUUAAAGUCGCUCUUAACUUACGAACAGCUUUAUGAAACGGCUCCAAGGUCUGAUUCACUAACAAGAUCAAUGGCGAACUAAUUCGGAUCCCAACUUGAAAUCGAUUCCACUCUACUGACUCAUUAAUAUCCUAAAUUAUAUCAGGUGUGUGUUUCAUAAAGCCGAUCGUAAGUUACAAGUGACUUUAUGAAUGACUGGUGACCCUUUCUUACAAGGUAAAUCAACAUCAAUGAAAAUUUGGUGUGUUAUUAUUUCCCACAGGUAAGGGUCACCAGUCGUUCGUAAAGUCGAACGUAACUUACAAACAACUUUUUGAAACACCCACCAGGGAUACAUUUGAAUGGGUUCUCUAUCCCUGAGAUCAAGUUAGUAAAAUUGAAGAAUUAAAAAAAAAAAGAGUUUUCAGAGUAGAGUUUUCCUUUGAAAUGCACUCACCAAUCCUCUGGUACCUUAAAAAUUGUACAUGGAGAUUGCAUAAAUUUUACAUGUCAAUUUUCUUCCUCACAAUUAAAAGGAAACUAGAGACUUUGUUGGACAACAGUAAACAUUUUAGGGUGGUUUAAGGGAAUAUAUUGAUUACAUUUUAUUCAAAGCUUUACUGUGUCUUAACCUGGAGAAUAUGGAGUCAUAUAUAUUUAUAUGAUAUAAGCUUUGAUCAUAGUAUGCUGCAGGUUUCAUAUGUACAAAAUAAUUAGUUCAUUCAUCAUCUGAACAUGCACAUGUACUAUAGCCCAAGGGUGUACAUUUUUGUAUGUGGUUUAUGUAUACAUGGCCUCAGAUAACCGUGUGAUCCUUUUCAGUCAAAGUGCCUUAAUUUGAUAUUCAUUAUGCGUUGACUGUUAUGACAUGAUUCAUGUCAAUGACAUGAUUCAGUCAUAUUUCUUGGAGAAAACAUUGAUUAUUUGGAAAAUUAAGUUUGGUGUUUAACUUCACAGUAUUAAAGCAUUAUCGUUCUACUACAGACUAGAUCCUAAGUUUUAAUGUGAAUGCUAUGACGACUUGAUUUUAGAUGUAGUGUUGUUCUUUUGAGAUUGAGUUUUACCCAAGUUAUUACCCUAGGUGCCUUAUGUAUAAAUAAUCCCUCUCCUAGAUGCCUUCAUAUCUUGGUUAGAGCUCAUUCUCAACUAUUAUGAUGUGACUGUUUUUUUUAAUUUUAUGGUUACAGUCACACCAACAAAACCUGGGUCUGUUGCAUAAAAAUUACUAUUAUGAUAACCUUGCCAUCUAAUGGUAACUACCAUGGUAACAACAGUCAACAUCCAAUUAAAAUCAAGGAUUCCGUGAAAGAUACCAUUGGAUGGCAAAGUUACCAUAAUAGUAACUUUUAUGCAACGGGGCUCUGAAAACUGACCGAUGAUAUAAAAUAAUGUACGGUAAUACGGUAGCUUUGAUUGGUCUGAGGUCGGUAUUGCAGGAAAGAGCCUGCCUAGCCUAGCACCUUUUGGGCAAAGUUAUUUACUUUGGAUUUAAUUUGAUUAAUUUAAAAGAGAAUAAAGGUUAAAAUACAUGUUUGUGGCUUCUUACAGCGGACAUUUAAAUCUUUUAACUUUACUAUAAAACACACAAUAUGUCUUAUUUUAUGUAUUUAAGAAAAUCUUACUUGAAUUUUUUUUUUAAUCGAACUAGUGCUACGAUCUUACGCAAAGCUGUAUGCUGCCAUUUUGUUUGGACUGCCAGGGGAGUGUGACGUUUUUGCGCUCUACGUGUGUGAUUUGCUAUACUGUGGCCUACUUUCACUAUUAAAACUCAAGAUGAACUCAAAAUUUAAAAAUAUUUUCAGUCGUAUUUUCCAACUGAACUAAAAUGUUUUUAGCCUAUACUUAUUUAAUUUUUUUCUUCAAAUAGUUAAAUUUUACAUUCUGAUUGUUUAAGAGCAUAAUUUACAUCAGAAAUUUCACUUCAUCGAAUUGAUCAUCAAGCUAUCGCGUAGUCAGCUGCAGAUUGCAUGUAAUGCUAGUCUACUGCCGCAAACGCUAUUUCGUUGUUUCAUUCUCUCGCGUACUGUCUGGAUCAAUUCGAGCUUUUUACUAUGAGAUUUUCAUCUCAGCGUUUUAUUUUUAUCAUCAUAUUCCAUAUACCAUCGGUAAGCUCUCUAGAUUUGUUACUUCAGAGUUUUGUGCAUGUCCUUGUCAUAUUUCAUCAGGCUGGAAAUGGUCACUACAAAUCACAUGAUGCCAGCUGUAUUCAUACAAUGAUUUGAAGAAUUUUUCAACUUUUAUCGUCGCAAUCCACUUAUGAAAAAGUUCUUUGUUAUUGUCUUGGUUUGAAUGAGGAUGAAAGGUUUUCCCCAUUCGUCUUUCCACUUUUGUUCGUACACCCGAAGGCCUGGCACUACGGCAUGAUCUUGAAUGCUAGCAAAAGAUCAUAUGGCUAUUAAUCGCGUCAUAUGUAAUUACAUACAGGAUACCAGGUUGAGCAUUUCACGAGUAGAGCGCGAUUUCGUCAUAUCUUCGCUGGGGGUUACUGGAAUCCGAGACAAAAUUGGCAGCCUGCUAAAGACCGAAUACGCCUUUUGUAGCAGUUGAAUAAUUUUGUUAUUUGGGGCCUAAAGACCUGCCCGAUACAUCCAAUUGUAGGUAAUAAUGUUCUCUGUUCGAUAUUGAUGUAAAUAUGCAACACCUUCAUUCUCCUUUAAGUUUGUAAUCAUAUCUGAUGUAGCAAUGUUUUCAAAGUCAUGUCAUACGAACAAAUUCGAUGAAGAAAUUUUUUAUCAUAAAAUAAUUGUAAUGACCGUAAUCAAAUUUUUUCAGUAAUUCAUAAAUUCAUAUAUGUAUGAAUCUAUCUAUAAACAACUCAGAAAUGUACAUCUAAGAAUACUCCCCGUGCAUGUACAUGCUCAUCUUAUUCAUUAAUGAAUCUUUUGUAUCACUGCAUUUAAUUGAUUAACAACACAUUUAACGCUGUAAUUAGAGUAAUAUGUAGAUAUGGUGCUCCUUAUUUUAAUCUGCAUUUAAUGUGAAUAACGUAUCACUUUCAUGCACUUGUGGUAUGGGAUAGAAUAUAGUCAACAUGGAGAGUAAGGGUGAGAAAGAGAGAGUUGUGGGAAGAGAGAGAGAGAGAUGGGAGGGGAUGGGGCAAGAGUAUAUGAAUAAUGAAAUGGGAGUCAGGUAUUUAUGUAAACUAGCAGCACCUAGUCGAAUAUAAGUGUUAAAAUAUAUAACCCUUGUGAUAUAUUGUCUUUCAAGUAUAUUGGAAUAUUAUUUUUUAAUCCAAAAUAAAAUCAGAUUUCCAUAUUAAAAUGGUUGAUAUGUUCACUCACUUUUUAGACAUUUGGCCCCGAUUGCCAUAUUGUGCCCCCUCAAAAUGUUUGGUUCAUUAUGCCACUCAUUCACACAUUAACACUAUGAUGCAUGCUUAUGCCAUCUCCAGCCACCAGUACCUCUAUAUAUGAUUGACCAAUGUUUUGUGCAUUAAUAAUCACUAGUGCCUGUCAGGAUAAUUAGUUUGAGGAUUGACUUGUAUCUUUACUAAAUAUACAUUGAUCAAUCGUUGUACCUUAAAAUAUUGUUCGAUCAAGUGUAGAUAAAUUCUUUCAUAAACUGUGCCUCAUUUCAUUUCAGCUGUGGGAAUAUUUCAUGAACACUUUAUGCAUUGACGUUUAAGAACAUUUUGGCCCCGUCUAAGAAAGGGCUGCGAUGGAUUCAAAUUAAACUCAAAUUCUGCUUGAUCUUAAAUUCAUCUCAUUUAACUUUAUAAAUUUAGAUCAAUCGUAAUUUGAGUUUGUUUUUUAAGACUGUGCCCUACAAUUUAUCCAUCAUAUCAAAAUUUCAAUCGAUUUGACAAAUUUAUUUUCUGAAAUAGUGAUUUCACUUUUCUCAGACAAAACCCCUAUUAAUCAUAAACUUUUUGUAAAAUCUAUAUGAAAUAGGUGUCAUAUAAGACAGUAUUUAUGCCAAGAUGCAGUAACACAAUUUGUCUGAUAUCCAGAUUAGAUAUUAUUUCAGUUAUAAUCUUAGUUUAUAUUUAACUUUUAUAUUCAUCAGUGUAAAAAAGAGAUAUAUUGUUUAAAGUGAACCAUCUGUAUAAAAGGAAUGUGUAUUUGUUGAAAAUACCCUUAUUGUUUUAAUUGCAUGUUAUUUAAUCGGAUGAAUAGCAUUUAAGGUGCUCUCUGCGAAAGUCUUUUUACCUGAAGGAAAAAAAUUGUUAAAGCAAUUUUUUAUUCUGUUUUAUAUCAUGUAAACCUCAUGUAUAGGUACCAGUGUAAAGAUAUUUGAUGAAAAGAAACGAUUAUUUUUGUAUAACCGGGGAUGCAACAUAUGUACAUAAAUUACUGUAUAUUGAAUAAGCCUAAAUGAAUUAUGCAUUUUAAUUAUUGUUUGAACAAUGAUGGCGUAAUAUUAGAAUGCGAAUCAUGUGUCUUUGAAAUUUGUAGAAGUAAAAACAAUUGAUGAAAAGUUUGUAUAUAUUUCUUAAAUUGCUUUGCAAAUCAUUGCAAUGAUUUAUUGAUUAAAAAGAAAAGAAGAUCUGUAUGAAUUACAAGGUACACAAGUUUA